AAUGAGCGCAUCAAUCACCUUUCCUGCAACAGUAUAAAAUUAGGCAAACAGACCUCUCAGUUAGCUUUCUACCAUCCACCACGGAGACUUCUCAUUUUUUCAACUGUACAGUACUUCUUCUGCUAAACCACAUCAAAACCGAGCCUUUGUUUGGGUUUUAUUUAAUGGUGACAUUUGCCAUGUAAUAUUCCAUAAAGAUUGAUGGCUGCCAUAACGACACAACCAGGGAGCUACCCGGCUUCCGAUUUCCAGACCGGCCUCUGUGACUUCUUCAGUGAUUGUAAGACAUGUUGUUAUGGCUGGUGGUGCUUCCCAUGCAUGACCUGUUCCAUCGCCAGCGACAUGGACGAGUGCUGUCUGUGCGGUGCCACCAUGGCCAUGCGAACCAUGUACCGGACCCGAUACAACAUCCGGGGCUCCCUGUGUCAAGACUAUUGUGCUGUCAUGUGGUGUUACGUCUGCUCUGCCUGUCAGGUGAAGAGAGACAUUGAUCUCCGGAAGGAACAGAGAAUCUUCUGAGCUCAGACAGUGCCAGACACCUGAAGAUCUGAACUUGCAUUCCAGUUUCCUGAUUUUUCCCCUCCUUGAUUUUACAAAUUAGAAGAGCCUAAACGUAGUAUUCUUUUAAUCAAAGGUAAUUUGUCAUUUUUAGUAAGAAGUGAAGUAUGUUGUAGCUUGACGAUUCAAAAAUAAAACAGUGUAUCAUUGGUCAAA